CGUAGGAAACAGUGGAUGUCAGUUUCGAAACUGUUUUAACUCAGCUGAAUCGGCCGUUUUUAGCUAUUUAAUUUAUCAUAACUGACAAGAAAAGGAUAAAUUUCAUCAUCACGAUGGGACUUUUGUUCUGAAAAGCAUUUUAGGACACAUUUGCCUUAAUUCACGGAUUACAAAAAAAACCAACAUGGCGGUUUAUAGAACGUGCCUGCGUUGUGCACUGCAAGGAUUACUCCUUUUUGUAAACUUUGCUGUUCCAAUGGGACUAACCCUAGACGUGAAUCUGACACGUCAGGAAAUCACAACCUGUAUUGGUGAACCAGUAAACCUUGGUUGCUAUGUCAACCAAAUGAGCUCAGUGCAUUUGACAUUUUCUUGGACGAAAGAUAAUCUGACUGUCUCACAAUCCUCAAACACACGAGUCUAUAGAAACGUGCUGGUGGUAACUCCUGAGGAUGAUGCAGACUUUGGAACGUACGAGUGUCACGUUAGUGAUAACAUGACAGUAACAAAAUGCAGUAUUUCACUGAAUGCGGGGUGUAACAACAGAAACCAUGUGGAGGAAAACAGUGCUGGCUGUGGUAUUAUUGCCGUUCUCAUGCCGGUUUUAGCAGUGACUGUCGUUUCUAUGCUACUGAAUGCUCAUUUUCUAAUUCGUUGGAAGCGAAGAGAUGAAUGGGCGUUGUCUGAAGAGGCGAUCAUGCAGCUUCAACUAUCCCAACAGUCUGUACCAGUUGAAGAGAAAAGUGAAGAACACGUUGAAGUAAAGAAAAAGAAGCCUUUCCGCGAGCGAUUUAGGAAACGCCGUCCUACUGAACACUCUGAAAAUAACCAACAUAUUGAAGACAAAAACCAUACGGACAUUCUUUGCGAAAAAGAUACACAGGAGAAAAACAGACAAGAAACCAUUGAAAUGCAGGAAAUUCAUGACAUUCCGAGCGUGGCAGACAUCAGAGCUGCCGACGAAACAAACGUUGAGACUGCGCAUGCUCCUUCAAAUCUAAACCUCAUCCCAGUUGAUAUGGAUAAUACGCCAAGGAUUGCAGAUUUCUUUGUUUCUGGUGACGAAACAAACGAUGAGACUGCGCCUGUCCUGUCAGAUCCUAACCGCAUCCCAAUUGAUGCAGAGGAGACACCAAGGUUUGCAGAUUUCUUCGUCCCGGGUGACGAAACAGAUGGCGAUGCUAGUGGACGAGAGAGCCUUGACUCUGAAAUGCCACUUGUUAGUCAUUACAUGGAGAGGAUGGAUUUUGAAGAGAAAGAAGACGCCGACGAUGAACCAGUUGUGAAAUGAUAAAACCGGUUUGGGUGCAUGUUAGGCAGAGUAUAUGAAUCAUGCGACGAUCGUUUAAACAAACACAGCGGUCAAACGUCUGCGCAUGUUUGAGUGUUAAAACCACAAAGAGACGCCGUCACUCAUCAUAUAACUGAUACAAAAAUUAGGAAUAAACAACGCCGGUGAUUUGAGCGUCCACAAUCUUUAGUCAACCUCAAAUUAAAACGAUAAAUGAUAAACCAUCUAAUGAUAAUACCCCACUAAUGUUAGUAUUAAGUUUAAACGUUAGCGUGAGAAUUUGAUGUAUUUUUUCAUAA